AUGGCCUCGUUUCGAACCCUGCGAGCACAAUAUGCAUCACUGUUGCCGCGAUUUAAUGCCUCUACCAAAGACUUCGAGGUAUUGAAUACUGUCUCUGCCGGCCAUGCCACUCCACCUGAAGUCCUCUAUGUGCUUGACUCGUCUUUCAAUCCUCCAACCCGUGCACAUCUUCGCAUUGCAAGCACCGCGCUACUGGAGCGACUCGAACCAAGCAGUCGCCUCGUGCUUCUGCUUGCUACCCAAAAUGCAGACAAGCCACCAAAGCCUGCCUCUUUCGAGGACCGACUUGCAAUGAUGGAAUUGUUUGCACAAGACCUUCGCUCUCAUUUAGCCAGCAUGAGCGGAGCCACUGGCAACGACGCACAGGCCAAAGAUAGCAUUCCCGCAAUUGACGUCGGGGUGACGAAGAAGCCUUACUUCAUUGAUAAAGCCUCGUCCAUUGCCUCGUCAGGUGUAUAUCCAGUUUCACUCGAGCAGAUCCAUCUCACUGGAUUCGAUACCUUGAUUCGCAUCUUUAACACCAAAUACUAUCCUCCAGAACAUACACUUCAGGCUCUCGCUCCCCUAUUUUCACAGCACAGGCUCCGCGUCACUAUGAGGACUGGAGAUGAAUGGGGGACCCAGGCCGAUCAAGAGGAAUCCCUCCAUCGCCUCGCUCGAGGGGACCGAGAAAGCGAGGGUGGAAAGAAGGAAUGGGCGGAGCGCAUCCGCCUUGUCGAAGGUAAAAAGCCGGGCGAUCCUCCAGUCAGCUCAACCAAGGCACGCGAGGCGGCACAGUCGGCUACCCAAGACUUGGAGUGGUUAGUUCCAGAGAAUGUGCGGCAGUUUAUGCUGUCAGAGAAGCCAUACACGACUGAUUCAGCGGAGCCGGUCGUCUGA